AUGGCACCCUCCCGCUCUGCACAGGUCCUCCAAAACCCGGAGAACUUUGAAGCUGGUAUGGGCGUGCAUGCCUACCGCUUCAAGUGCAAGUGCUGCACGGGCAGCGAAUGGGUGGACUUGACCCACGCCUGCCGGCACGAGAAGACAUACAAGCACGCACGCCGCGUUGCCGUGUCGUCUGCUUUGCAAGCGGCUCCCCGUCCCCUCUCCCCCUCUCUACCUGCUCCUGGUCUGCUGGCGCCCACUCCCCCUCCCGGAUACCAUGGCCUUCUCGGCCCCCUCAAGGAGGCCAUUGCCUCUUUUAUUACCCGGGCCGACUCUCCAGCUCCCCCUGUCUCUCCGCUACAACUCGCCACAGCCGACUUCGAGGACAACCACUCAGCCAUGGAGCUCGACCUGGACUGGGAUCAGGUCGACUAUGAUCUCCUCAUGCGCGCUCCUGACGACCGUCUGCGGGCUGAUGCCAUAGCGGCCAACCUGGCCGCCUUCAUGGACGGCGUAUCCAUAUCCUCAGAUGAAGAACCAGCCGAGCUUGAUGAAGGCAUUGGGCUUGUUAUGCCUGACGACCCCGAUGCACCCAAUACAGGGAUUCAAUACGGUUCCAUUCGCCCCGUCCGAAAUCAAGCUGAAGACGACUCGGAUCCCCGCUGGUUCCCAUGGCCCGACAAGGAGACAUGCCUGCUAGACAUCAUGCGACGCCUCCCGCGAUCCAAGUUUUCUGACUCCCAGAUGGAGUCGAUCCUGUGGAUGGCUCGUUCCUUUGGUGUUGACGACCUCCCGUCUGUCAAGGUCCUCAAAUCCGCACACGAUAGCAUCAAAUCUCGAUUUGGUGUGCCUUCUAUUCGGCAGCAAGGGCGUCUCGGCCAUAUCUAUUACCUCAAUGACCUCGGCUCCAUCAUCGCUCAGGAAAUGGCUAACCCUCGUAUUCGCCCUCACCUCCACUUCUACCCCGAAGACGCGGGUAAACGUCUUGAGCAGGCUUGGCAGGCCUCGCGAUGGCGCAGGGAGCUCGAUCCGACCCUCGCCACUCCCAUGAUACGUCAGCGAGGGCAAGACUUCUAUAUCCUUGAGCCUGCCAAGCUCUCGGAUGGCCGGGUGGUUGUUCCUGAACGCUGGUUCACCAGGCGUGGGCCUGACGGCACGCAGCGCUUCUUUGCCUGUGUCUGGCCCACAGCCCGUGUGACCGAUCAGCGUGGUGCCACGGGCUAUGUGGUUUAUAAAAGCCACGCCUUCGAAAUUGACGCACGCUCUCUGCUCCUUCCCUUCCCCACCCUUCUACGUACGUUCGACAGCGACGGUCUUCCUGACCCUCGUAAUCUAUUUGGUAUUCAUGAUGCCGAUGGCCACGUUUCCCCAUGGGUUCUCACUGACCCCUCUUGCGGCAAUCCCUGGCGAGAACGAGCAAAAGGCCAUCGUGUUAAGUCCUUCAUGAUGUGGCUAUACUGCGAUGACACCUCCGGGAACGUGUCGAAGAAAUGGAACAAGCACAAUUCCUUCCUUUUCACUGCCGCCGGCCUCCCUCGCACCAUGGUGCACCAAGAGUCCAACAUCCAUUUUCUGACGACGUCAAACUUAGCACCUCCCUUGGAGAUGCUCGACGGGAUUGCAGACCAGCUUGAGCAAGCACAAGCAACGGGCAUAUGGGCAUGGGACUGUGAGGACCAGGAGAUGGUCCUCCUGAUCCCUGUUGUGCUCGCUGUGCUGGGAGACAAUCCUAUGCAGAGCGAGCUAGCCUGUCACGUCGGCAUGAAGGGCAAAUUCUUCUGCCGCAACUGCUGGGUCAAAGGCCAUGAUGCUCAAGACAACCCCGAGCCAUCGACAUCCGCGGGAUCCUCGUCACUGCAACCACAUGCCGACACCGAAUCUGACGGUGCCUCCAUCCACUCAGCGUCCGACACGUCCGCCUCCGAGCACUCGACCGCCUCAAAUGCCCGCACCAGAAACCCUAAGCGGAAGAAACGUGCAAUGGAAACCCUGGCACAGCUCAUCACGCGCACUCGUCGCUUCAUUGGUUCUAGCACUCCUCGCCAUCGAGAUGAGAGCAUCCGAGCACUGCGCUCGAUGUUCUCUGACGUUGUCAGCACCAGCCAUAAAACAAACUACCGGAACCGCAAGACAGCGACAGGACUCAAGGACACCUUUAUGGAGCACUUCGUUAAUCACCUUUUCGCCCGCCCCACGUCACGCACCACCUCCGACGCUGUAGACAAUACGAUGCCAGUGGAGACGUACAUGAGUCCCAUAUGGCGCAUUCGUGUCGGCACAGGCCUCGACCCGCAUCAGGACACUCCUGUGGAGAUCCUGCACGUCAUCCUGCUCGGAUUUGUAAAGUAUCUAUGGCGCGAUGCAACUACCCGGAUGAACAGUGAGCAAAAGCAGCUGCUCAUCGUCCGUCUCAACUCCACAAACGUGAGCGGGCUUGGUAUACCUCGACUUGCAGGUCAAACACUGGUGCAGUUCGCUGGCUCCCUCACCGGCCGUGAUUUUCGUGCGAUCUCGCAGGUAGCACCUUUCGUUCUUCAGGGUCUUGUCCCUCCUCAAUGCUAUGACACUUUUGUUGCGCUGUCGGCGCUGGUACCUCUCGUUUGGCAGCCUCAAAUUGAGGACAUCGACGUUUAUUUGGACCGUCUCAAGGGGGCUGUCGACCACUUUCUGCUGUGCACGGCCCGAUGGACACCGCGCUGGUUCAACAAACCGAAGUUCCACAUCCUGCUCCACCUUGCCGAGCAUGUCCGGCGCUUUGGCCCAGCCAUCCUCUUCGCAACUGAAGGCUUUGAGUCCUUCAACGCACUCAUCCGCGAGGCCAGCGUGCACUCCAAUCACCUGGCUCCGUCACGCGAUAUUGCCCGGUCCUUUGCGUCCAUCAACCUCAUCCGUCACAUCAUCUCGGGGGGCUUUUUCCUGCCUCGCCAUGCACCGGAUUCUGACAACGCUGAGGAAUCGGCUCCAUGUCAGCACCCGUUUAGUACCACGGCGCGUGACUGGCUUUGUGCUGGCUCUUCCGUCGGCCCACUUGUCACCAUUGAGGCAUCCAGAAAUGCCGCUGCCAUCGCGUUUCACCUUGGUGCCAUUGAUGAACAGCCGCCACCCGGCACCGCAAUCUCGGACGGCGCUCAACCACAUGCUCUGCAGCAGACAUGCGCUUGGGCCCGAGCUCCACAUGCGCUGUCUGAGCUGGCGUCGCGUUCAGUCAAGACUUGCAAGCAGGUCAUCUCGCAAAAUGGAGAUGUCUGCCGUCUCUCGGACUUUGUUCUUGCGGCUAAGGCCAAUGCACCUGGGCGUACAAUUAUCGGCCGACUUUCUGAAAUCCUGCAAGUGACUGGUUCUGUCUUUGUGGUUUCGGGGGUGGCUCUUCCUUACCAUUUGCCAUCGCUCGCUCGGCAAGGCUGGCUGGUAAUCUCGGCCGAGGAUGUCGUGUGCUCGGUGAACGUUCAACACAACUGCGCAGCUCAGUCGUGCUCAGAUUCGGGUGUGGAGCAUGUGCGAGAGGAGCGAGAGGUGUCAGAUCGCACUCGUCGGGUGAUCGUUCACCGUGUCCCUGAUGCUCUUGUCCUCAACACCGCCCAAAUGCGAGAUGCGAUUCAUGUGCAGAGGUACCGAUUAUCGCCGGAGCCCAUAGAUCGUGAACAUGCCAUCAAGACGGGUGCUGAAGCUGAGAUUGCAAGCCAGCGGGUGAAGAACAAGGCUCAGACCAGGGCCCAGCCCCCGCAAGUGCGCAAGGAUGUAUCUCGAGCACCAAACCUGCGUAUCUCGACCUUGGUGCACUCCUUGCCUCAGCUACCAUUGGGUGGUUGA